AAGUGGAUGGCCCAGUGGGUCCAGUUCAAGCCAGUGAGGAGCUCUCUGUGUGUGGCUGGCCCCACCCCCUUUCCAAGAUGCUGUUUUGGCACAACCAGCCAGAGCACCUGUGGCCCAGUCCUGGGGAACUGUACCCUGGACUUCCAAACAGCUUGUUCAGGGAGUCCCUGCCCUUGCCCUACCUGAAGCAGGAGGAGCUGCCCCACAUCCCCAGUGCAGAGCCUCCUUGCUCCACAUUCCAGUAUGUGCUCUGUGCAGCCACCUCGCCGGCUGUGAGGCAGCAGGAGGAGACCCUCACCUACCUGAACCAGGGCCAGUCUUAUGAAGUGCGGAUGCUCUGCAACCUCAAGUUAGCAGAUGCCACCCAGUGGGCCCGGCUGUUGAAGAGUGUGGUGCGUGUGGUGUUCCAUGAUCGGCGCCUGCAGUACACGGAGCAGCAGCAGCUGGACGGGUGGCGGUGGAGCCGGCCAGGGGACCGCAUCCUGGACAUUGAUGUGCCACUGUCUGUAGGGGUGAUAGAGCCCCAGGUGCUGCCCUCCCAGCUCAACACGGUGGAGUUUCACUGGGACCCAAGCAAGAGGACCUCCGUCUUCCUGCAGGUUCACUGCAUCAGCACUGAGUUCACGCCUCGGAAAAAGGGUGGUGAGAAAGGUGUCCCCUUCCGCCUCCAGAUCGACACUUUCAAGCUCAGUGACAAAGAGCUUCCACCUGAGCACCUGCAUUCGGCUGGCUGUCUCAUCAAGGUGUUCAAGCCCAAAGGAGCUGACCGGAAGCUGAAAACUGACCGGGAGAAGAUUGAGAAACAGCCCCUGCAUGAGAGAGACAAGUAUCAGACUGCCUGUGAGAGCACAGUCUUUGUGGAGUGUUCACCAUGGCCAGAGCUCAGUGCAGGGCCCCACCAGCCUCUCAGUCCUCUCACUCUGACGUCCCCACACUCCUGCAAGCUCCUGUCCCCAGAGAGGCUCUGCUCCUCACCACCAUUCACCCUGGACACCUUGGGGGGCAGCCCAACUGAGGAUCUGAACCCUGGAGCCUCCAUCCUAGAGACGCAGCAGUGGUUGCACGGGCACCGGUUCUCCAGCUACUGCAGGAUGCUGGCCAAUUUCACUGGCACUGAUCUGCUGAAGCUUACCCGCCAGGACCUCAUCCAGAUCUGCGGGGCUGCUGACGGGAUCCGCCUUUUCAAUACUCUUAGAGACAGGUGCUGGGCACUGCCAACCAGGGUUCCUUUCCCACUAGUGGCACUUAGCAACUCAAUUAACUGCCACAUUUCAUGGAAUGUUCAAGCCAGAAGGCCCAUCCGUCACCGGCUGACAUUGUAUGUGGCUCAGGAGGCCCCCAGGAAAGAGAAUGAGGUUCCUAAGAACCCUGACUCAGGCUUUUAUCAAGAGAUCUCUCUGGAUGAACUCAGUGCUGUUGAGCUGAUGGAGAAACUGGCUGAGCUCUUGGCCCUCCCAGCCAAUCAGAUCCACCGCCUCUUCCACCAGGGUCCUGGGGGCAUCCUCAUUCUCCUCAGCGACCAGGUGGUUCGGAAUCUUAAGGAUGAAUCAUAUUUUGUGGCUGUGGUGAAGAAAGUGCAGAAUCCAGACGGCUACUACCUAGUUCUGACCUAGGCACAGGGGUGCCCCCAUUACAAGUGGUGGAGACUGGUGCCAGCCAGGUUCUCUGGGGCCGUGUUCACCAGCCUUGUUAAUAUCCUGGCUGCUUCAUCAGGCUGCAGAAGAGCCACACCUCAUGUGUCCUACCCCUGGAGAGGAUACAAGCAGCCCCCAGGAUCACAUUUCUGCACAGCAGCAACAGUCGUUGGAACCUGGGGCACAGACUCCCUGAGUUGAGCUGGCCAAGCCUGUGGGACAAAACACCUCGCAAUAGGUUAAGGAGCUUUUGCCCCAAGGUGUCCUGCUGAAUGAAUUACCUUUUUGAAAUUAAUAAAAAGUAACUUAGAAAGGUG